AUGGACAACGGUGGAGAUUUUGGGCCCACUGAUACUGCAACAUCAAGACCAAUGAGGAGAAGGAGAAGUAAUUUGAUCCGCCGUCCUCUGAAUGAAUCGGAGUCCCAUCAAGAGUGUCGUGAUUCUAUUUCGCUGUCCUCAACCCCAUCUGAUCAUGCUAGUGAAGAAGGCAACAACAUCCUUAACCAAACUACAAAUUCGCAAAAAGAACCGGGUUCCACUUUGUCCAUUUCCAGGGCAUCAUAUACUAACCUUGCUGAUGCUGAUACUGUGCAGCGACUUUAUGAUGAACGUGACAUGAUAGAGGAAACCACCGACUUUAAAACGUCUGUUGAGGAUAAUAACCCUGAACUAGAUAGCUGGAUGACGAGUGAAAAUAAAAUGAGUGUUUUAGAUCCCAAUCCACCCGUAACAUCAUCGGGUGGAACUGGAACUGGGAAAAAAUUCAGUACUGUUAAACUCAAGGUUGGAGGUGUGACUCAUACAAUCCACAACAUUUCCGGUUCUGAUGGUUCUUCAGUAUGUGUAACGUCUACGACAAAGUCAGCUACACCAGAUGCCACUAAUCCUCAACAAAACCUGAGUGGUGAGGUGGAUCAGAAAGGCAUCCUACGUGGUGUGCCGUGGAAGGAUUUUUCGAGAAGUGGCUUCAGCUUUAGAAAAAUGGGUUCCUCAGGGGUUGAUGUGACCGAGAACUCUGUCAAGCUAGCUAAGAAACACAGUCGGUCAUCUAUAAGCAAGUCAAAUAAAUAUUUCAUCGACGAAUUGUAUGACGAAGAAGAUGAUGAUGAGAUUCGGUACCUUAAAAAGCUCAAAGCCGCCAGAAGUGUAUCCUAUGAUAGUGCAGAAUUUGAAGAAGAAAACAGAGGCACGAAACUGCGAAAGAUAUCCAAGGUAAUGGAGAGAAAUAUUCCCGACAUUGACUCAGUCCAAGGGCGAAAGAGUUUGAAGCCAGUGAGAGCAUCCGAAGAUUAUGACUAUGUAGAAGAGGAUGAAUUUGUAUCUGAUAGCGAAACCGAAAACAAGAACAAGAAACAGAGAAAGGAGCAGAUUGGAGUUGCUGAAUAUUCCAAUGAAAGUUCAAUCACCACCCGCCGGAAGGCAUUUCUGACAAGUAGAGACAUUUCACCUGGUGUAGGUGCUAGUUCGAUCCAGUUUCCAGAUGGAUUACCACCAGCCCCAACGAGAAAGCCGAAAGAGCAACUCUCUGAAGUGGAGCAGCAACUGAAAAGAGCUGAGGCCGCCCAAAGGCGUAGGAUUCAGAAUGAGAAAGCUGCUCGUGAAUCUGAGGCUGAGGCAAUUAGAAAAAUCUUGGGUCAUGAUUCCAGCAGGAAAAGACACGAGGAGAAAAUAAAGAGACGACAGGAGGAGCUAGCCCAGAGGAUCGCCAAUGCUAGUGCAGUUGCACGCAACGUUGUUAGAUGGGUCAUGGGGCCUUCAGGGACAGUUGUCACAUUCCCUGAUGAGAUUGGCCUCCCGAGUAUAUUUGAACCCAAGCAUUACAGCUAUCCUCCUCCUAGAGAGAAAUGUGCCGGUCCCACAUGUACGAAUGUAUACAAGUACAGGGAUUCAAAGUCGAACCUUCCCCUUUGCAGCCUCGGAUGCUACAAGGCUGUAAAUGACAAGGCACAACCUCUGCCUACUUGUUAA